CAAGAGCAAGUGCAACCAUUACACACACACACACAAGCUAUAGAACCAAAAAAGAGAGGAUGAAAGUUGAAGUAGAAAUCAUUUCUAGAGAAGACAUUAGGCCUUCUUCUCCCACACCCUCUCACCUGAGAGUCUUCAAUCUUUCCCUUUUGGAUCACCUCAUUCCAUCACCAUAUGCUCCCAUAAUCCUAUACUACACCUCACCCAACAGUGACAAAACUUGCCUCUCUGAAGUCCCCAAGAGGUUAGAAUUGCUGAAAAAAUCUUUAUCGGAGACACUAACCCAAUUCUAUCCUCUUGGUGGCAAAAUCAAAGAAUUAGACUUUUCCAUUGAGUGCAAUGAUGAAGGUGCCAAUUUUGUGCAAGCCAAAGUGAAGUGUCCUCUUGAUAAAUUUCUAGUCCAACCUCAGUUGACCUUACUUCACAAGUUUCUUCCCACUGAUCUUGUUUCUGAAGGAUCAAAUUCAGGAACCUAUGUGACUAACAUUCAGGUAAACAUCUUUGAAUGUGGAGGAAUUGCCAUUGGCUUGUGCAUUUCUCAUAGAAUCCUAGAUGGGGCUGCACUAAGCACCUUUAUAAAAGGGUGGUCAGAAAGAGCCAAGGGUUUUAAUUGUGACCAAUUAACCAAACCAAACUUUAUAGGAUCUGCUCUCUUCCCCACAAACAACAAUCCAUGGCUUAGAGACUUAUCAAUGCGCAUGUGGGGUUCUUUUUUCAAACAAGGCAAGUGGGUAACAAAGAGGUUUCUCUUUAGAAACUCAGAUAUAGCCAAACUCAAGGCUCAAACAUUAGGGACAGCAACUUCCACACGUUUGGAGAUAGUUUCUUCCAUGUUGUGGAAGUCCCUCAUGGGUGUGUCUAAAGUACGGUUUGGCACACAAAGGCCUUCUUUGGUGACUCAUUUGGUGAACCUUAGGAGGAGAAUGGAUGAGGCUCUUUGUCCUCAACAUGCAAUGGGAAAUCUUCUUUGGUUGGUGGCUGCGGAGAAAAUGUGUGAUGAUCAUGAUGAGAUGGGGUUGGAGGACUUGGUGGGGAAGUUGAGGAAAUCAAUAUCACAAGUUGAUGAAAAAUUUGUUGAAGAAUUGAGAGGUGAUAAGGGAAGGUCAAUUAUGAAGGAGAGUCUUGGGGCAAUAAGUGAGAAGGGAUCAAAGGGUGAAGUAGUGGAUUAUGUUGGGUUUAGUAGUUGGUGCAAUUUUGGGUAUUAUGAGGCUGAUUUUGGGUGGGGAAAGCCCACUUGGGUGAGUGGUGUUGGUUCAAUUGGUUCAGUUUCAAUGUUUAUGAAUCUCAUCAUCCUAGUGGAUACAAGGCUGGGAGAUGGCAUAGAAGCUUGGGUUACCUUGGAUGAGGAGGACAUGACUCAUUUGGAAGCAAAUACUGAACUCCUCACUUGUGCAACACUUGAUCCAAGUCCUUUAACAAUGAGUUGACUUGCAUGAUUAUUAGAAGGAUAUGAAGUUCGGAUUAAUGAAAGUAAUACUUCUUGUGAAGUUAAUAAUUUAUUUUCGUGAAAAUAAAUGGAAAAAUUAAUUAAAUCCUUUUGCCUACUUGCCUAUUUUUUCUGCUCACUUUUUUGAACUGUAUGUCAGACCAACUAGCAAAGUCAAUACAACUGAUAGAUAAUUGGAUUCUUUCAGUGUAUUGGUCAGAGUUUGAUUUAUGACUAUCUAUACAUUAUCAAGAUAAAUAAAACACACUUUCUCUAUGUUUA